AUGACUACUGCUGCGAGUUACAAGAAACCAAGCUGUGCAACAGUGUGGGAUGCUGGGAGGCCGCCUGGGCUCAUCUCUUGCCUUGCACUGACCACAUGUGGACCAGGUGAUGGAGCUGGCUCUCUGUUCCUCUCUAACAAACCUCAAUGCUCCCCUUCUGUCUCUGCAGAGCUCCCUUCCUCUGAGCACCUGAGCGUGGCCGAUGCCACAUGGCUUGCCCUCAACGUAGUGUCCGGCGGAGGCGGCUUCUCUGGCUCCCAGCCCAUCGGCGUGACCAAAAUUGCCAAGUCAGUCAUAGCACCACUAGCUGACCAAAACAUCUCAGUGUUCAUGCUCUCCACCUAUCAGACAGACUUCAUCUUGGUACGUGAGCGAGACCUGCCCUUCGUCAUGCACACGCUGGCUGCAGAGUUCACCAUCCUCAGAGUAGUGAACGGGGAGACGGUGGCCGCCGAUGACCUCGGGAUAACAAAUGGAUUUGUCAAACCAAAAUUGGUUCAGAGGCCUGUCAUUCACCCCCUUUCCAGUCCGAGUAAUAUGUUCUGCGUCACCAGCCUGGACCCAGAUACCCUUCCCACUGUUGCUACACUCCUCAUGGAUGUCAUGUUUUACUCCAAUGGAGUAAAGGACUCGGUGGUGGGCAAUGAAGACUCGGGACACAUUCGCUUUUUCUCCUUUUCUCUCAUCGAGGGUUACAUCUCCUUGGUCAUGGAUGUCCAGACACAGCAGAGAUUUCCUAAUAAUUUGUUGUUUACAAGUGCAUCUGGUGAACUCUGGAAGAUGGUGCGGAUUGGUGGGCAGCCCCUUGGCUUCGAUGAAUGUGGAAUUGUCGCUCAGAUUUCUGAGCCUUUGGCCGCGGCCGACAUCCCAGCCUACUACAUCAGUACUUUUAAGUUUGAUCACGCGUUGGUACCUGAAGAAAAUAUAAACGGUGUGGUCAAUGCACUCCAAGUCAGUCAAGCUGAAAAGCAUUAGAAAUCUUCUGAGCUGGUUCCAGAUGCUUUUUAUUAUUAUUAUAAUUAUUAUUCUUUUUUUUUCUCACAGUAUUUCUUGAAAAAUCUGAUUCCAGAGGGUGACAUGAAAAGAGACUGUGGAAAGUUGAGCAGAAACAGCUCCAAAUAGCCUUUGUUUUAAUUAUUAUUAUUAUUAUUAUUAUUGUUAUUUUAUUAAAUUUCUUUAUGAAUGAGGGGCAGGAGGAGGGGAGGUCAUGUUGUUUCCUGAGGUUUAGCUCAGGGUGAGAUGGAGCUGCCUGGGAACUCCUGUUGUUCCCCAGCACGGGGCAUGGAUGGACAGAAGGACACGGAUGGAUGGACGGAUGUGGGCACUGCGCCCUGAGCCCAAUAGCACGACCAGAGUGGGUGGGCUGAUGGCUGCCAGAGAGCCCUGAGACCCCUAAAAAUGAAAUGUGGAAUUAAACAGAAAAGACGUCGCACGGUGCUGGCUUGUCUGCUCCCAUCAGGCUGUGUCUGAGGACUGUCCGUCGUUGCGUAUGUUGGGUUAGGAUGGGGUUGGGGUUCUGUUUCCCCUCUUUGGUGCUGGAAAAGGGGAAGAUAUCCCCUUGUCUGAACUGUCCCAUUGGUCUUUAUCCCUGCAGUCAGCCUGGCUGCCUGCAGAAAGUCUGUGGGGGGCAUUGCUCUGGCCCUGCAGAUCACACCAUCGGGGCUUCUGUCUGCUUUGAGUCUGGCUUAGGUAUGUUUUCCCUCUUCCCAACCCCAGUGUCCUCCCCCUGUGUCCCUGCUCCAGGACAGCUGCUGUCCCCACCUACUAGGACCAGCAGAAGAGAGAUUCCUCCCUUCCCAUCCCAAUUUUAGACAUUUGUGGGGCACAAAGUGUUGUCCAGUGUCCUGAUUGCUGCUCCUCUCCUACCCCAUAUCCUGGGCCACCUCAGACCUCAGGUUCUCCCCACCAGAGGCAGGAGGUCCCCAAGCCCUGUUGGGUCCCUCCUGUGGCUUUAUCAGCUCCUUCCUCCCCAGGUUGGGGACUUAACUCAUGGGGGUUUUCCAUUGGCUUCAGAUCUAUGAAAGCUGAACUGUGCUGAAAACUCCCCCAAAAAACCCUACAACGCAGCCCAGUGCCUGGAGCUGAUGUCACCCAGGACACGGAGAAGGAGAAGCCACCUGCACGGGGUUUGCCCUCCAGUCAGGAAACACAUUUCUUGUGUUCCUAUUCUUCCCAUGAUGGACAUGGAGAAAUGGCAGGUUGCACAGUUUCAGUGAGCACUUCCCAGCCUUGCUGAACGAAGAGCCUCUGGUGUGGUGGUCAGGAAGCUGCAUCCUGCAGCUGCGAGGCAGGGAAUUGCAGCAAUCUGCAGGGGGUACAGAGGCAGGAGGUGAUGCUGCAGGUGUGGUGUGUGCACUCAUUGGUGUUGCUUCCUAAGGAGCAGCAAGAGGAGAACUACUUGAAACAAGCAACAGUUCUACUGAGCCUUAAGAAAAAGUGAAAAAAUAGGGGUUUAUUUUAUUUUUAAUUUUGCACUCAGGAUGAUUUAGAGGUUGUUUUGGUUGUUCCAGAUGUUCCACUUCUUUCCUGGAGGGAAGUGGCCUUAAAUUCCCAAAAUCUGUGGCUGCAAAGCAUCACACAGGGCUGUCCCACCCUGCAGACAUGAGCCCAAAAAAUGCCACAAGAUGUACAACCCCACAAGGGCUCUUCGUGCCCCCCAUCACCCUCAGCUUCACCUCCUCGAAGCCUUUCCUUUCUCCACAAGUGGGGCUAUUUUCCUCCUCCUUGCCUUUUUCUUUCUUUUUCGGUCUUUUUCUGCCUGGUUGGAUUUCAGCUGCAAAAUUCCUUCUCCUGUGCGUGUGCACAAACAUAGAAAUGCCCGUGGUGGUGUGUGUUGGUGUGCCUGCACACAGCACGUACACCUGAGCAAUAGAGACUCACAGAUGCUUUGUGAGUACAUGGGCACGUACAGAUUUGGUAAAUGCUGUAUGCACGCAUCUACUCGCUGUAGAUUUUUAAUUCCAAGUGUAUCAGCAAUAGGAGUACGUGGUCCUGCUCCCUCUGCAUCUGGGUGCCUCGAGCACAGUGAUGAGAGAAAAGCUUCACCUUUUCCUCUCGUCCUUUUCGUUGCUGUGCUGACAUCGUGGUGGUGCCACUUGGAAUCAAGCAUCCAAAAUCCCUCCGUGAAAGAUCAAUGACAUUGUGCACAAGGCUUCGGGUCCUGUGUUGGUGCAGUGCCAAAAAAAAAAGCGAGCCACUGGUCUCACCUGGCUGCUGAUUGCUGCUUUCUUGCUUUGGGGUCAGCCCCAGCGGUGAGGUGUUGCAGCCAUCAGUGAUGGAUGUCAUUUGGUGAUGAGGAUCCCUUCUUUCUGUUACUGCCGCUCCCGUGCGCAUCUCCAGCAGCAGCUUAAGGCAUCUCACUUACUGUCCCCAUCCCGACUGCAGAUGUCAGGCUGGAUUAAACUUUUAUUACCUGCUAGAGAGCAAAACCCGUAAUCCUUUUGCCAAACAGUAUUUACACUGUGUGGUGUGUGCUGGGGCAUGUUUACAUUGGCUGAGGUGUGCAGCUCUGCCUGGCAGCUUCAGCUGCCUCCUCCCAUGAGUCCCUCCAUCCAUCCUGGGCUGUGUGCAUCCCACGGGCAGCAGUCGGGGCACUGUGUUGUGGGACUGAGUCCAUCUCAGCCCUUUUCCCCAUCCCCUGCUCCUCCAUCACUCAGCCCCCAUGAAGCACAAUACGGUGUAACGCCAGCUGUCAGCAGCACAGGAGAAGGGCCAGGUCCUGUAGCACAGCAGAGCAUGCUCCUAGGGCUGCUCAGCAGAUCCUGUAGCAGCAUCUGCCCCCUGCAGAAGCAACACACAGCCCCUGAUCCUGGCAGGAGAUUCUGACAGGGGAAUGAAUGAAGUAUUGCGAGUCAAGUGUAUGACAGUUUUAGGUGUGAAUGUGCAGAGAAACAUUACCUCUUGGGAACUGAAUAGCCAAGAAGUCCCUCCCUCCAUCUCCAGCCAGCACCAGCCCCUUCUGCUGGUUAGGAAAAUGAUGGGACGCAGGGCUGGGGCUGAAUGCUGCCAUGCAGAGCACGUGGCCCCACUGCCCACACUCAUUUCUGUGGAUGAGGUGCAUCUGGGUUUGGUGUGGCCCGGGGAGAUGUGAUGUGGUUGGGUCCCAAAGCUCAUUGUGCACUGCAGGCACUGCCGCGUGCUGCUGGUACCAGUGCUGCCCUGGGAGAUGGUGCCACAAGCACAGCUCUGUUCUGCCUCCUUGGAUUUUUCCUCUGUGUGUGGAAGUGGCAGAAGCACUGUCCCCUGCAUGGCACACUUGGCAGAUGCUGUUGGCAGCAUGGGGUUCCCCCACUCCUCUCCCUCCCUGUGCUGAGGCACUGAAUCAGCUUUCUGCAAUAGCAGCAAUCAGCCUUUUUCCCAAAGAACUCCCACCAGCUCUUUUAUAACUUGAAAGAACGCUGUUUUCUGGGCACCAUGGCUUUGUGGGGAUGCUGGGGGGCAUGAGGUAUCCUGGGGUGACAUGCAGCAGGACCCCUUUCUCAUGAAGCUGGGGUGCUUCAAGAGCCCAUCUCCCCCUUCCCCACUAACACAGCUGAGCUGUUGACCCUGGGUUUGUCACUAAACUGAGGGGUGUGAUGGUCCUGCUGCCUGCCUGCUGCUCACUGGGCAUGACAAGGGUCCCCCCCACCAUCCCCCUCCCUUGAGGCUGUAGUAUGGUUCCAGGGCUGCAGUGCCCUGCUUGGCAGCACCCAGGAAGGGUGCAGCCCUGCCCUAAUGCCAUGCUGGGGUCCCACCUGGCUGGAGCAGGGCUUGGCUGAUCUCUCCACCCUUCUCUGCCCUUAGGAAGCCUGCAUUUCCCCAGGGAUGCUCACAAUGUUGUCCCCCAUAAAUUUCCAGUGAGCUGUCGAGAGAGCAGAGGCUGCCCCACUGCUGCAGGGGGUACACAGCCCUCUGGACCCUCACAAACCCUUCCCACGAGCCUUUCCUUGGAGAAUGCAAAUGAUGCAUUGUAUUUUUCCCUUUAAUUCCCAGCCUAAUGCAAACCAUUGUGGGGCUCACCCAGACCAGCACUGGUCUGUGCAGCUGAGAGUGGCCGCUUUGCAUUCCCAGCGUGCUGCUUUCCUUCACCAGUCUGCUGCUGCAAAGCUGAGGUUUAUGUACUGUAUGGAGAAAAAGAAAAUCAAACACAGAACACAUACAGGA